GUGUGCCACUUUUGACCAGGAAAGGAGCACCGGUCAGCAGGGUCUUCUGUUAGUGGGAGCACCACCUUCGCACUGCCACCUCUCACCAGAGGAGUCUGGUCUCCGCAGCCCCUAACUGCCUCUCCUCUCGUUGUCGUCUCUUGUGCUGAUCUUUAUUUUUUAUUUUUUCCACUAUAAGCUGAGGGGGACUUGUGAAGUCCUGACAGAGGCGGAACGAUGACAGCUGUCGAAACCCAAAUGACAUAUAACAGCUCCUAUACGAUCCAGCAUGAAGAAACGUACAUGACCCAGGAGGAUGACUGGGACAGGGACCUGCUGCUGGACCCCGCCUGGGAGAAGCAGCAAAGGAAGACCUUCACAGCUUGGUGCAACUCCCACUUGAGGAAAGCUGGAACACAGAUCGAGAACAUUGAGGAGGAUUUCAGGAAUGGCCUCAAACUCAUGCUGCUGCUGGAGGUCAUAUCAGGCGAGAGGCUGCCCAAACCUGACAAAGGAAAGAUGCGUUUCCACAAGAUCGCCAACGUGAACAAAGCUCUGGACUUCAUCUGCAGCAAGGGAGUCAAACUGGUGUCUAUUGGUGCAGAGGAAAUUGUUGACGGUAACGUGAAGAUGACCCUUGGAAUGAUCUGGACCAUCAUCCUGCGCUUCGCCAUCCAGGACAUCUCUGUGGAAGAGACCUCUGCUAAGGAAGGUCUGCUGCUGUGGUGCCAGAGGAAGACCGCCCCCUACAGGAACGUCAAUGUGCAGAACUUCCACAUCAGCUGGAAGGAUGGCCUGGCCCUGUGUGCCCUCAUCCACAGACACAGACCUGACCUCAUUGACUACUCCAAGCUGAGAAAGGACGACCCCAUCGGUAACCUGAACACGGCCUUUGAAGUUGCUGAGAAGUUCCUGGACAUCCCCAAGAUGCUCGAUGCUGAAGAUAUUGUGAACACACCCAAACCUGACGAGAAGGCCAUCAUGACCUACGUGUCCUGCUUCUAUCACGCCUUUGCCGGAGCUGAGCAGGCUGAGACAGCUGCUAACCGUAUCUGCAAGGUGCUGGCAGUCAACCAGGAGAAUGAGAAGCUGAUGGAGGAGUACGAGAAGCUGGCCAGCGAGCUGCUGGAGUGGAUCCGCCGGACCAUCCCCUGGCUGGAGAACCGUGUGGCGGAGCAGACCAUGCGUGCAAUGCAGCAAAAACUGGAGGAUUUCCGUGACUACCGCAGAGUUCACAAGCCCCCUCGCGUGCAGGAGAAAUGUCAGCUUGAGAUCAACUUCAACACCCUGCAGACAAAGCUGAGACUCAGCAACAGGCCCGCCUUCAUGCCCUCCGAGGGCAAGAUGGUGUCGGACAUUGCCAACGCCUGGAAAGGUCUGGAGCAGGUGGAGAAGGGCUACGAGGAGUGGCUGCUGACCGAGAUCCGCCGUCUGGAGAGACUGGACCACCUGGCGGAGAAGUUUAAACAGAAAUGUUCCAUGCACGAAUCCUGGACUGCAGGUAAGGAGGAACUUCUGUCCCAGAAAGACUACGAGUCGGCCUCUCUGAUGGAGAUCAGGGCCUUGAUGAGGAAGCACGAGGCUUUUGAGAGCGACCUGGCAGCUCACCAGGACAGAGUGGAGCAGAUCGCUGCCAUCGCCCAGGAGCUGAACGAGCUGGACUACCACGAUGCUGCCACAGUGAACGCCCGCUGCCAGGGCAUCUGUGACCAGUGGGACAACCUGGGGACCCUGACCCAGAAGAGGAGGGACUCUCUGGAGCGCGUGGAGAAACUGUGGGAGACUAUUGACCAGCUGUACCUGGAGUUUGCAAAGAGGGCAGCACCCUUCAAUAACUGGAUGGACGGAGCCAUGGAGGACCUGCAGGACAUGUUCAUUGUCCACAGCAUUGAGGAGAUCCAGAGUCUGAUCACCGCUCACGACCAGUUUAAGGCCACCCUGCCCGAGGCCGACAAGGAGCGCAUGGCCACCAUCGGCAUCCAUAACGAGAUCCUGAAGAUCGCCCAGACCUACGGCAUCAAGCUGUCCGGAAUCAACCCGUACACCAACCUGAGCCAGCUGGACAUCAGCAACAAGUGGGACGCUGUGAAGCACCUUGUACCCCUCAGAGACCAAAUGCUGCAGGAGGAGGUGGCCAGACAGCAGGCCAACGAGAGGCUGAGGCGCCAGUUUGCUGCCCAGGCCAACAUCAUUGGACCCUGGAUUCAAACCAAGAUGGAGGAGAUCAGCCACGUGUCCGUGGACAUCGCCGGCUCCCUGGAGGAACAGAUGAACAGCCUGAAGCAGUACGAACAGAACAUAAUCAACUACAAGUCCAACAUCGACAAGCUGGAGGGAGACCACCAGCUCAGCCAGGAGUCCCUGAUCUUCGACAACAAGCACACCAACUACACCAUGGAGCACGUCCGUGUGGGCUGGGAGCAGCUGCUCACCACCAUCGCCAGAACCAUCAACGAGGUGGAGAACCAGAUCCUGACCCGCGACGCCAAGGGCAUCAGCCAGGAGCAGCUGAACGAGUUCAGGGCCUCCUUCAACCACUUCGACAGGAAGAGGAACGGCAUGAUGGACCCAGACGACUUCCGGGCCUGUCUCAUCUCCAUGGGUUACGAUCUGGUCAGUGUGACACGGCGAUUUCAAGCACAGAUGGACCUCCAUGGUCUUCUAGACGUACUCAACAGGAUACUACAGGCGGUGUUGUUGAAGUUCUCCGUGUGUUUUGAACUACAGGGUGAGGUUGAAUUUGCCCGCAUCAUGACCCUGGUGGACCCGAACAACACCGGCGUGGUCACCUUCCAGGCCUUCAUCGACUUCAUGACCCGUGAGACCGCAGAGACGGACACGGCCGAGCAGGUCAUGGCUUCCUUCAAGAUCCUGGCUUCAGACAAGAACUACAUCACAGUGGACGAGCUGCGCAGGGAGCUACCGCCCGAGCAGGCAGAGUACUGCAUCAGCCGCAUGACCCGAUACGUCGGAGCCGACGCUUCCCCCGGCGCCCUGGACUACAUCUCCUUCUCCAGCGCCCUCUACGGAGAGAGCGACUUAUAAGCCCAGCCGUUGUCCUCUCCCUCCCCAGCUUCUGUUUCUCCUGUUCGGAGAAAGUGAUUUUAAACCCUUCACCUAUCCCUCUAAAUGCUUUGUUCUUUUCUCUUAAAUCUGAACUUUCACCCAAUGAUCCCCCCCUCCUCCCCUCCUAUCCCUCCCAUUAUGCCCAGGAACACUGCUUAGAGAGGAGGAGAGCAGGAGACCUUGCUCAAAUCUUAGAAACGGUGCUAGGACCGAGUUUUAAGAAGGCUGGGUCAGGUAUAGCAGUGAACGUAUGGAAGCGACAUACAUAGAUUAUACCUGCCUUAAAGGAGGAGUUACUGAGAGGGUUACAUUUUGAGCAAUGCCUCCUGCUCCCCUCCUCCCUAUCUUAUGAUUAUUUUUGUAGAAGGGUAAUUAAAGGAGAACAUGUGAUAAAAAAAAAAA